AGGCAGUCUCUAUGGCCGAGGUACAUCUGAUGACAAAGGACAAGUUCUGGCUGUACUAAAUGCAAUUGAAGCACUUCAGGCAUGGAAGAAGUAGGAUCCCAAGGGUUACCUGCACUACUUGAGCAACAAAACACAACAUUUUUUUCUGAUGUGGAUUACAUUGUGGUCACUGACACCCCUUGGCUCAGGAGCAAACCUGGUAUUACAUACGGAACAAGAGGAAACAGCUACUUCUUUCUUGAGAUGAGAUGUGCUAGCCGAGAUUUGCACUCAGGAGGCUUUGGAGGAAUAAUACAGGAAGCAAUGAAUGACUUAAUAUUUCUGUUAAACAGUCUUGUUGAUUCUGCUGGGCAGAUUCUGAUUCCUGGAAUUUAUGAAGCUGUAGCUCCUCUCACAGAAAAAAAGAAGAAACUCUAUGAAGGAAAUGAAUAUGACCUAGAUCAGAUCAAGGCCAAAUAUGGAAUAAAACACUUCCUUUACACAACUAAGGAAGAAUUAUUACUUCGAAGAUCACGCUAUCCAUCUCUUUCCAUCCAUGGAAUUACAGGAGCUUUUUCUGCACCUGGAACUAAGACUGUAAUCCCUGCAAAAGUAAUUGGAAAAUUUUCAAUACGUCAGGUUCCAAACAUGAAGCCUUCUGUAGUGGAGAAACAGGUGACAGACUAUCUGACCAAGAAAUUUGCUGAACAGAAGAGCUCUAACAGUGUUAAAAUAACCCACGUCCGGGGAGCUAAACCUUGGCUAUCCGAUAUAAAUAAUCCUCAGUUUUUGGCAGCAAGGAAAGCAAUUAAAAGAGUGUUUGGCAAAGAGCCUGACAUGAUCCGGGUAGGUGGGACAAUUCCAGUUGUCACAUAUUUCGAGGAAUUGACUGGAAAGAGUAUAAUGUUAUUAGGAAUAUUUGGACCGGAUGAUGCUACGCAUGGGCAAGAUGAAAAGAUCAGCAGAUACAAUUUCAUUGAGGGAACAAAACUAUAUGCAGCUUUUCUUCACGAACUUGCAACUCUCUAGAAAAACAGGUGGCAUAAUACACCUUAAUAAAUACUACUGUGUGCAUUCCAUAUAAUUUUGGAUGUCUAGUCUGAUAAAUAUAUAUUAGUAAAUAUAAUUCAGAUUCCACUGUAAUCCUAAAUUGUUCUUUUCUAGAAAUUGAACAUGAAAAAUGAACAUUAUAAAGCAGGGGUGUCAAACUCACCCAAUCCCCCUAGGCUGGAUUUUGACCUUAGGCCUCCUUGUGAGCCAGAUUUGGAUGUGGUGUUGGAGUGUGUGAGUGGGUCAUAUUCUUCCACUUUGUAACUGCAACAGGUUAUACUGAUCUCCAUCUCUCUCUUCCACUCACUUGCUACAUCUUGAUGGGAAAUAUAUAUUCAGGAGGAUGAAUGUUCUGCCUUGCCAGUCUAUCUGACCUUGUGGCAGUUCUUUUGGAGGGCUUCACAUCCGCUAUACCCUGCCCCUUUCCUCCUGGGUGAAUGGUCACUAUUCUCCAUGGAUGUUGAGCGGAGCCUAUCCUGGUCUUUCUCUCACCCUGGUUUUAACUUACGGUGCCUUGUCUUCUUUCUUUGCCAGUUACAUCAUAAUAUGCCUUCCCUCAUGAGCUCAAGUAAGAAUUAUCUCCAUGAACUCAUUAGUAGUUCCUCCCCUGCAGGCCCCAGGCCCUCUGACUUUGGAUCGUCUCAGUUGUUCUUCUCUGCAAAAUGGGUGUAGGAUUCCUCUUAAUUUUAAAUCAAAUCUUCUCACCCGCUGAUAUGGAAAAGUUAAAUACUAGAGAAGGCUUCUUACCUGUGGUUCUCUUCUCCCUGUAUUAUUUUUAUAAUUCAAAAUUUGUGGGUAUACCUCCUGGAUCUUUUUUCCCUUUCUCUAAGGCAGCAUGGUUCUGCUCAGUUUUUCUCUCACCAGCAGGACGUAUAUAGCUUUUUUUCUCUAUGCUGGCUGCCUCAGUUUUCUCCUUGGUCCCCACUACUCCCUGCAGACCAGCUCACUUGCUGUCUCAGCUCCCUUAUACUUUGGCUGGUUUAUAUCAACUGUUUCCCCCAGGUAUUCUUCCCUUAGGAGAUUAGUUUGGACUUCUGCAGGGGAAGACCCAUUCUGUCCCUUUCCCUGUCCCCGUUUACAUAUCUUUCCAGGGAAGAGAGUUGUCCCUGCCUAGGCCUUGUCCCAGUCUUGGCAGCUUCUAAGGUUCCAGCACACAGGUCUUCUUCUUUGGGGCUUGUCAUCCUGUCAUCUCCAGUGACAUUUUCUCCACUGGGGAUGCCAAACACUAAGCUCUCCGUAGCAUCCUCCCUUUAACUUGCCUGCUUCUUAUCAUGGGCCAAUCAGAGAUGGUUCUCUAGAGCAUGUGUUGUUGUGCUCCUGGGAUUGCUGUCCCCUGGGAUUGCAUACCCCUGCACACCAGGGCUAUGCCGUGUAUCCAGACCUGGACAGGUGAGUCUCUGGCCAGCAUGGUUGUUCCUGCAGGAGCGUGGAAGGGGCUGGGAUGCUGCCUCUGCCACAGGGUGGACAGUAGUGGUGGCUAUGAUGAGUUUGUAGCAGGUUGUCUGGUUGUACCACACAGUCUUUCCCUGGGUGAACCCGUCCACAGAACACAGCAUAAACUGUGACUCUGCAAAUAUCAAAUACAAACAAUAAAGGGGUAAACCAAAUCUUGUGGUCUUUUCCCAAACAUGGAGAGAGUACCCUGGCUCAUUGCUUCAGCCUCUAGUUUCACAGCCAUCUCUCUCUCUCCCCAUGUAGCUCUCUUCCCUGGGAGCUUUUAACUUCCUCUGGGCCAGCUAAUUAUUCAGUAUCAGCUGGCUCAGUCCUCCCAGGUGGGCCUGUAAUUACUUUCUUGCUACCUGGUGAUGGGGCUGUGUCUCAAUUUAGGUGGUAGGCCCAACAUCCACUUGCCACACCUCUGAAUUCCUAGUCCUUCUAAGACAGGUGUGGGCAAUUAGUGUGGCUGGAAGGCCACUUAAUGAGUGUUGGUGAGCUGUCAAGUGCUGCAAGGGUAGCCCUGCCCCCAUACAGGUGCCUUCCCCCCAGUCACCAUUUUGGGACCAAAAGUCCUCCCUCUAACCCCUGACCUUUGCCACCAGAAAUCCCUCUCUUGCCCUGAAAGUGCUUCUUUUGGGGGGUGGGGGGGAAUGCCAUCUUGAAACUGGAAAAAAAAACACAUUAUAGACUAAACCCUCCCCCCCCAAAUCUACUAUAACUUAUUUUAAUUUUAUUUUUUAAAAAGUUUUGAUCUAUGUGUUUGCAUAGUGUAUCUAGAGAUUGCAUAAUAUCUCAAAAUAAAGCCUCUUGUAUAUUGUAUAUGAUAGGAUGUUGGGCAUUGGGGGUGUGGGUAUAUUGGGGGUGGAUGUGGAGAGGUGUGA